GAAUCUUAAUGGCAAAACAUAAAGCCAGCGGAAAUUGAGCAUACAAUCUCUCCUAUGAAUUUGGUUUUAAAACCAUUUUGGCUAUUUAGUAUUUUAUCUAUAACGAAAGCAAAUGAAUACAUUAGUUUUAAUGUUUUUAACUGCCUGGAAAAUAAUUAUCACGCAGAUUUGUUUUGGAUUUUUCAAUGGAUUUUGACAAACUAAACGGAAGAAUUGAGAUUUUGAAGAUUUGGACUCAAGAAGAAGAUAUGGUUAACAACCUAAAUUAUUGCAUUACACGUCAUCCACUGCAAUCAAUCUAAGUCACAAGGAUAAAACUCGGCCCGAAUGUAAAAGAAAACUCGGCCCAAUAUCAAUCACAAGUAAUCCAAAACACACGUGGCAGAUGAAACUCUCUUCCUUGGCUAGAAGGUAUGCUUCUGUUUUAAUAUGACCUUUGGCCAUUUUUUCGACUCUAUCACAGCUCCAGCGUUUUAAACGCCAGAAUACCUACAAGGUCGAAGCGCAAAAAAACGCCAGUAUUGCAGUUUAAAAGCUUCAGUUGUUUUUUACACUGACUUGUUGCUUUCAGUUUCCUCUACCAUUUCCACGGUCGAAUUUCGAGUGUUUGUGGGGUUCAGAAUUAAGAUGCUGCCGCAGAGGUUGAAGAAGGCUAUAACGGAUAAUCCAAAGAAGCUUGGGAAUUUGAUUGACCUCGUUAAUCUUCCAUCGACUCUACGUGAGUUCGUUGGUCAAUCUCAGAUUUCCCGUCUGGGUUGUUUCAUGCGUGUCUGGUCCUAUAUCAAGACCAACAAUCUUCAGGAUCCUAAGAACAAGAAUGUGGUGAUUUGUGAUGAGAAGCUCAAGAGCAUUUUGCUCGGGAAGCAGCGAGUGGAGCUAGUCGAGCUUCCUUCUCUUAUCAAGUUGCAUUUUCCUAAAGAACCAAAGUAGAAUUGUCAGAAUAUGUAACAGAGUUCAACAUCAUUGGCUUCUUUGGGGUCGUUUGUUCUGUGAUGCUUAAAGAUAUAUGAUUGAUACUACUUCUAAGUUAUGGAUUCUCGAUUCAAUUCC